CUUAUUACACAACCUGUUGUAUAAAAUAAUAUUUUUGUAUUAUAUACAAUUUAUUUUGCUAUUAACUCAGUCUCUUAGAAGUUCAGAAUUUAAAGAUUAAAAGGUGGUAUUAGGCACUUUCAAGUAUAGGGUAAUUAUAUUUUAAAGAGAUUUUAUAAAAACGAACUGAAAAACACUUCAACAUAUGUACGUUGUUGUUUUUAUAUUCAGAAAGCCAUAGUUAAACCAUAAAAUAAAACAAUUUUUAAAACGAAGCAAAUCCUGGCUCUAUCGCCCAAUAAUAUUUCUAUCCAACAUCAGCAAACUACUGCGUUAAUUCUUGCUAGAUAGAAUUAAAUCAGUGCUAUUGAACAUUGAGUUUUGGAAGACUACCUGUUUGGCUUUCGUCCUCUUCACAAUACUAUCUCACUUCGCCCAUAAAUAAAUAAUUGGUGUGUACACGUCUGUAAGGUGUUUCUCCGAGCUCCUCCCUCCUAUUUGUGGUAUGCGUCUUGAUGUUGCUUCACAAAUGGAAGAACCUAUAGUUUUAAGCCGACUUCGAACGGCAAAUAUUUUUUAUGAGGAGCUCUUUCAUGGCAGAAAUAUACCCGGAUGUUUGCCAAGGGGCGGCAGCUAUUAGAAACAACUUUUUCUAUCAUUGGAUGUUUCAUGCACUCAGACUCGAACCUACGCACUUCCGGAAAGUAUGUAGUCAUGCAGCAACCCAUCCGGCCACUGUGGCGGGCGUGGUUGGUAAUUAUAAAGUUAUUAAUAAUCUGUAAAACUUAUGUGAUUUUGGGCAAAUACAUAAAUAAAAAAUAUUCGAAUGUAAUCGACAUAUGUAAGUAUGUAGAUAUGGACCACAAAGGAAUCAAUUUACAAUGAAUGAAUCGAAAAUCAACGUAUCGUACCGUAUGUACUCGUGGUACACGUCAAAAAUGCAUAACAGUAAACCAAUCAUAUAAUUGAAAAACAAAAAAUUUUAAAUUAUAAAAAAUGAAAUAAAAUAAAAAUUAUAAAAAUAAUAAAAAAAAUAUAAAAAUAAUAAAAAAUAAGAAUUAUAAAUUAUAUUAUUAAAUUUAUCUAAAAAAAUUCGUUGGGCAUAUAAAGAUCGAAAAAACUAUAUUUACCACUCAAUUCACAUUCAUUUUGAAUUCCUCAACAUAUACUCGUACAUACAUAGAAAUUGAGUUGAUUUUAUUGAGGGGUUGAAUGGAUAUGGAUUAUAUAUAUAAAUAUGUAUAUGUUUGUUAAAAGGUGUAUAGGCAUACAUCCACAAUAUGCCAAGCAUAUGAAAAUUGCUAAAAGGUUGCCGUGGUAGCAUUCAUAAAAAGUUGUCAACAGCAAAAGGACCCCCGUAAAAAACAGCCGUUGUACAUUUCUCAAUGUAUCUUAAAGAAUGGAAGACUAUGCACCAAGUCGUUAUAAAAUGCUGGAAAAGAUUGGCGAAGGAGUGCAUGGCUAUGUUUUCAAAGCAAUGGAUCUGCAACGGCAAGAACCUGUGGCUAUUAAGAAAAUAGCGCUGAAGAAUAAAUUCGGCAACAUUUCUCUGAAUACUUUGCGAGAAAUCAAAACACUGCAGUUAUGCCAAUCGGAAUAUAUAGUAUCAAUUAUUGAUAUAUAUCCAGACUUAACCGGGCUGGCCUUGGUACUCGAAUACAUGCCUGAAACCUUAUACGGAAAAUUGAGGAACGAAAUGAAUCCACUAAGUAGACAACAAAUACGAAAAUUCGCACUAAUGAUGCUUAAGGGAAUCGAAUAUUUGCACAACAUCGGUAUAAUGCAUAGAGAUAUAAAACCAGCCAAUAUGCUCAUAAGCGAAGACGAAACUCUUAAAAUAGCUGAUUUCGGUUUGGCGCGUUUGUAUUUUCCAAAAGAAGAAAAUAAGUUAUAUUCACCUCAAGUGUCUACGCGGUGGUAUAGAGCACCAGAAAUACUUUGGGGAAGUCAAAAGUAUGGUCCAGCUGUUGACAUGUGGGCAGCCGGUUGUGUUUUCGCUGAAAUGCUUCGGGGAGUUCCAUUGUUUCCUGGUGCAACCGAUAUCGAACAAUUGGCUCUUGUUAUAAGGACAUUAGGCAACCCAAGGCUCAAUGAGUGGCCAGAUCUUACUUCAUUACCGGAUUAUAACAAAAUACGGUUCCCAAAUGCGGUUGGAGUUCAUUGGGAUAACCUAUUUCCUAGUUGCACGCAUGCAGUCGAAAUCAAUUUGGUAUCGAACCUAGUUGUCUACAAUCCGAAGAAUCGCCUAACUGCCACAGAGGCAUUAAAUCAUGACUAUUUCCAAUGAGCUCAAAGGAGACGGAUUCCAUGGGCACUGAUUAACCAAAAACUUUUAAAAUUAGUGUAGCCGAGUGUGGAUAUUCAAUUGUAUUCGACAUAUUACUAUACACUGAUUCCUUAGCCAAUGAAGCUUAUUUGUGGACUAUUAACAGCAAUGCUACCUUUUUACAAAGCGCUAGUUUAGAACUGAACUUGAAUCAUAAACUUUAAGUGAUCAUAACAAACUAAGUUAGAGUCAAAUAAUAAUUUAAGUUAAGAACUAAAAAUAAUUACAUAAAAAAGUAAAAAAAAUUGUAGACCGCCUUAAUUAAAGUAUAUGUAGGAACAUAACUAGUAAACAAAAACUACAAAAAAAAAAAUAUAUAUGCACAUAUUUUGAGAACCCAAUGGUACUUUUUAUUCAAAUAAAAAACAAAUGUCAAUCAAUUCGGCGAACGUCGUAUAACUAUUAUAUUAGGGUGGUUCUUAUUUGACCUGAAAAAUGUUUUUUUUUCAUUCUUCUCACGUCUAUUCUACGACAUAGUAAAGUUAAAUAGCUGCACAUGCAAAGGUCGGUCUCAUCGAAAAACAAAAACGCAAAAAAAGUACAUUUGGAAGUAUUUUUUUAUAAUUAGUGCUUCCAAAUUUUAUACGCGGAACUUCAUUUUUAUUAGUUUGUUUAAUUUAAGUUCAAAAACCUUAACAUCACAAUAUUAGCAAGUCCUUCAUUGAAUACUUUCAAGCAAGUACGUUUUCUUUCUUUUGUUCGUUUGUUUAUUUGACAUGAUGACGUCAACUGGUUGUCAAAAUAGCGAAAAAUAGAGUCGAGCUUUUCGGAAGGCGCCACCUUUAGAAUUCUGUAUACCGUGAAUAAGAAUCACUUUUUAUAAAAACAAAAUACAUGUAAAAGUUUUUACUAAGAUAGCAGCUUCCCAAUCCGCCGUGAUGUCACUACUGCGAAAAAACAAGCAAAA